CAUGUCUCGACAAGGUUGUACAGCAAAUAAUUGAACGGGAUAAACGAGUCACUGUAAAUCGUAAGGGCUUUACUAAAGAGUGAUGAGGAAAGAGUUACUGCUUUUGUGGGGAUUUCUUGUAAUUUUAUGCUUCAGAGACGUUUAUGGAGGGUGCUUCUCAGCUCUGGGAAUGGAGUCUGUGCAAGGCAAGGUUAAAAUCAAGGACGAACAGAUCACUGCGUCUUCAUCCAGAACGCGCGCAUCAAGGCCGGCUUCAGCUCGGUUAGAGGGUAGAGGCGGUUGGUGUCCGAAAGAGUCAGAUCACAGCCCGUAUAUUCAAAUAGACCUUCUUACGCCUCACACCAUCACAGAAUUGGUUACACAGGGAGCCCUUUGUAACUACGUUGAAUAUUUCAGGCUAGCGUUUAGCUAUGACAACUUAACGUGGUUCAAUUACGCUGUCAAUGGCAAGGUUAAGGUAUUCAGGGGCAAUAGGAACUCGUUUAUGCCCAAAAGUAACAAUUUGACAGAGCCGCUGACCGCUCGUCUG